UAAAGUAGCAUUUAAAAAAAAAUUUAUUAUUUCAAAGUGGUGAAGCUGGUUUAAACGUGGCACCAUUUUUAUUUAACUAACACUUCAACAUAAGGAAUACCCUUCUACUAUUCUUGUUGCUAGGCUAGACUUUAGUAAAAGUUGCGACAAUGUUUGUCAUCUCCGACGGUAGCGAAGGCAUCGCGCAGCUGUGGGCGUGGCUUAGUAAAUCCCCAGUCUGAGUCACGAUUCCAAUAAACGCAUCAUCAUUAUCAAAAUCAUUACCACCAUCACCGUCGUCUGUAGAAGAAAACGUCCGCUGCUCGGUAGCUUCCAGGUAGACAUCGCGAGCAACAAAGGCGCCGAUAUGUGGCUUCCUCCGCGGUGACGGCCGCCCUCUCUGUCGGCCUCUGCGGGGCUCCCAUGGUGCGCUUCGGCGUCGUCGAGCCGAAUCCGGCCGAGAUGUUCGAGUCGUCUUGGCGGGCGCGGAACGUGUGGAACGGGGUUAAGCUGGAGGUGUCCGACGGCGGCGGGCCGGUCGUGCUGCACAGUUUCACGCAGCUGGACCCGGACCUGCCUCUGCUGGAGAGCUCGACGCAGGAGAUUGGUGAGGAGGUUGAGGAUGACGCCAUCUUCACCAUCACGCUGCGUAAGGUGCAGCUGCACCACUCAUCCAGCAAGGGGCAGCGUUGGCUGGGCGUGGAGACGGACACCGCCCUCAGCCUGUACGAGACUUGCAAGGUGCGAACCAUCAAGGCGGGGACCCUCGAGAGGCUGGUCGAAUACAUGGUCACGGCCUUUAGGGGAAAAGACUCCACCUACGUCACCAUCUUCCUGUGCACUUACCGAUCCUUUGCCACCGCCAAGCAGGUGCUCGACCUGCUUCUCAACAGGUACGCCAGGCUUCAGAAUGUUCCGGCAGCGGCGGCGCAUCGCGUCUGCCAGGACGACUGCACCGAGCUCAGAAACACGGUGUCGUCCAUCUUGGGUGCAUGGCUGGACCAGUACUCGGAGGACUUCUGGACUCCUCCGGGGUACGACUGCCUCCACCAGCUUUUGUCCUACCUCCACCUUCACUUCCCCGGUUCUGACCUAGAACGUCGCGCUCGCAACCUGCUGGCGCAUUUCCACAGACGGCAGCAGUGCGAACCCGAGACCGACGGCGAACACUUGGGCUGCCCUUUCGCCACGCAGGAGGAGAGCGGCUUUGAGGACGAGCUGCCCACCUUCAGCUUCCUGUCUUUUGACCCCAUCAUGGUGGCCGAGCAGUUCACACUCAUGGACGCGGACCUGUUCAAGAAGGUGGUCCCGUACCACUGCCUGGGGGGCAUCUGGUCCCAGCGUGACAAGAAGGGCAAAGAGCACUUGGCGCCCACUAUCCGCGCCACAGUGGCCCAGUUCAACUCUGUCACCAACUGCGUGAUCAGCACCAGCCUCAGCAACACGGCGCUCAAACACAACCAGAGGGCCAGGCUGCUGGAGAGGUGGAUCGACGUGGCCCGGGAGUGUCGUAUCCUGAAGAACUUCUCAUCCUUGCGAGCCAUCCUCUCCGCCCUGCAGUGCAACGCCGUCCACCGCCUGAAGAGGACAUGGGAGGAAGUGUCUCGGGAGAGUUUCCGGACUUUCCGCGAGCUUUCCGAGAUCUUCUCAGAUGACAACAACUACUCGCUCAGCCGGGAGCUGCUGGUGAAGGAGGGAACGUCCAAGUUCGCAACACUGGAGAUGAAUCCCAAAAGAGCUCAGAGGAGACACCAGCAGCAGAGAGACCUGGGAGUGAUGCAGGGCACUAUUCCUUACUUGGGCACCUUCCUGACAGACCUGGUUAUGAUGGACACAGCCAUGAAGGACUACACCGAGGGUGGUCUGAUCAACUUUGAGAAGAGAAGAAAGGAGUUCGAAGUGAUUGCGCAGAUCAAACUGUUGCAGCUAGCGUCCAACAACUACAGCUUCACACAGGACGCACACUUCCGCGAGUGGUUCGCUUCCACCGAGAAACUCAGCGAGGCCGAGAGCUACCAGCUGUCGUGCGACAUCGAGCCGCUCUCUGAGUCGGCUAGCAACACGCUGCGAGCCAAGAAGAAUGGAGGCAUCAUGAAGCGAUGGAGCGAUCGUCAGUUGGCAGAGGGUUCCUCCAGUUGCUCAGCGGCCGGAAGUGGCAGCGCCGUGGGUUCGCAUUCAAAGUCCUUCGACCACGCCCACUUCCGACCGUACCAAGGCGGCGGAGGGGACAGCGGCGACGCUCUAAGCGUCACCUCCGUCAGCUCCAGCGGCUCCGACCUGGAGGACGUCAACGCCAGCUUCCUCUCGGACUCGCCCGAGGGACACGAGAGGAAGACGUCAACGCCUUCGGUGAAACUUUCUGUUUCGGCGCUGGGGAGAGACGCUCCGGCUGCAGACACAACCUCUACGUUCUGGGAGUGCACGUCACUGUCGUCUCUGGACACGUCCGGCAUGGGCUCCAGCUCGGGCUCGGCGUCGGGCUCCAGCACGGCGUCGUCGUCGUCUGUGUCGUCGUCCGCGGCGCUGUCGCUGUCCCUGUCGGCAUCGCGCUCGCACAAACGCUCGGUGUCGGCCGUGUCCAACUACUCAACGCUGUCACUGCCCCUCUACAACCAGCAGGUGGACGACUGCUGCAUCAUACGCGUCAGCCUCGACGUCGAGAACGGAAACAUGUACAAGAGCAUCCUGGUAACCAGUCAGGACAAAACGCCCGCCGUCAUCCGCAAGGCGAUGAUCAAACACAAUCUGGAGAGGGAGAAGACAGAAGACUACGAGCUAGUGCAGAAGAUUGCAGAAGACAAAGAGCUUCGCAUCCCCGACAACGCCAACGUCUUCUACGCCAUGAACUCCAGUGCCAACUACGACUUUGUGCUGAAGAAGCGCGGGCCGGUGCGGCCCAUGCGUGCUAAGACGGUGGCCAGCUCCACGCUGCCCCGGAUGAAGCAGAAAGGACUGAAGAUAGCGAAAGGGAUUUUCUGAGGGUGGGAGAGCGGGCGAGAGAGAGAGCGCCACCUGGAGCAUUUUAGCACUUAGUUUGGCUUCUGGAAGCCGUUUCUGGGCCAAGUCACUUACUUGUUUACAUCAGGCAGCCAGGAAAGUGGUCGCACUUUGGAUUUUUUUACAGCAUCCUGGCCUAUAUUGUUGACACAUGGUCAAACAGACGUCCCGUGGGCAAGAUCUGGAUGUUCCGGAUGGAUUUUUUUACAGCAUCCUGGCAAUGGUCUGGAUGCCUAUCGUGUUGGCACAUGGGUAGGAUCUGGAUGUUCCUAAUGGUCAUUGAGUUGACACAUGAUCAAAACAGUCGUCGUCCCGUGGGCAUGUUCCGGAAGUGCCGGAUGGAUUAUUCUUUUUUUUUUUUUUUUUUUUUUUUUUUUUUUUUUUUUUUUAAUAAACGGCAUCCUGGCGAUGUUCUGGAUGCCCAUCGUUUUUACACGAGGUCAGACGUUGUGCCAUGGGUAGGAUUGGGAUGUUUCCGGUGCCCACAGCGUUGACACAUAGUCAAACAGACCUUGUCCCGUGGGUCGGAUCCGGAUGUACCGGAUACCCAGUUUUGACACGUGGUCAAACUGACCAUGAGUCAAAUGACACUUGAUUGAAUGGGCCAACAACAUGUAUAUACGUCAGGUGUGCUGUGUAUUUUUUUGCUUUGUAUAUAAUUUUGUGUUGUUGUUUUUUUUGUUUUUGUUUUCUGCUUUGACGAUGGUGCUGCUGAUGAUCUUUUAUUCAAGAGGUCACAUGAUUUCACUCGUCGCCAUGUUUGGAAACUCUUUGAAGAAUUUAAUGACCACAUUGACGGUUUUUGACUGGGAAUCUUUGACCACUAGUAGGCGUCAGCCGUCAAUUGUAGUUACGAUAAUGCUGUCUUUUUUUGUUGUUGUUGUUGUCUUUUUCUGUCUUUUACUGAUGACUUUGCACUUAAUUAAUGAAGAAAGGCUCAGUGCUCAACAUAAAUGACUUCAGCUUUUCAUAAAAAAAAUUUCAUCAACAUUGGAAUAAUUUUCACAAUUUUGAUGAUGAUCACACUCAAAGAAGUAUUAGAGCCAUACUGGAAAAAAAAUCAUACAGUAUUAUAAAAAUAAAGUUGGAAAACAGCUGAGGACGUAUCUACAUGAUAUUUAAUGUUCCAGAAAAAAAGUAUGGCUUUAAUCUCGUAAGAUUCUUUUCUUGAAAAAAAUAUUACUUUAAGUCUCAUAAAAUUACGGUAGGUAAGAAUAUGAAUUAAUUCUCUAAAACAUAUUACCAAGUUUUCUUUCGGAAAAAAUAUAGCAAUGGUCGUUUUUUUUCAAAACAUUCUUUAUUGUAAGGUUUUGACUUCCGCCACCCCCCAAAAAAUCUGACUUGUUUGUCCUAAGAUUAAGACUUUAUUCUUGAAAUAAUUUGAAUUAUUUGCUCCCAAAAAUAAGAUUAUUAUUAUUUAUUUAAUUUUUUUUUGGAAAUUGCAACUAUCAAAAUAAAACCUUUUUUUCCUGAAAAGAAAAGCCUUUUACCAGUUGAUGUGAAGUUGUUUCUGCUGAGCACUGUAUGUAAAGGUUUACCUUUCGAAAUGAUGAAGUUGAAAUAUUGGGAUAGGAUGUGGACACACUGGAGGAAACGACGCGGUUGAGUUUUUCCAACUUCUCACAAAGGAAACACUAUCGGAAUGGACCUGAGGCUGACGUUGGCUGCAAAGCAUAAUGGGAAGUGUAGGAAACGCACCUGUGGAGAGAAAAUGGCCUGACCACCACAAGGUUGUCACUGCCACAAAACUAAAUGUUUGACUGAUGCCACUGCCACCAUUUUUUGCCUUUUUUUGUUUUUGUUUUGCUUUUAUUUGGGACACGCAAAAAGUCCAAAUGGUGAUGGAGUCACUGUGGGCUUCAUGUCGAGCACUGUGAUCAACAACAACAAAAAGUGUCCUGGUGGAUGCAGUGAGCAGGGACAAGUUGCCAAACAAGUGAUUUGCCUUUUAAGCUGGGAACAAACUUUUGGAUUUAAAUUUUUUUUUUUUUUUUUUUUAAUUAUUAUUAUUUUUUUUUACUUUUGAACAAAGUUGUGACUUUACACGCUGAUGUACUACUUCAUCCUGGACAAACAGCUUACAACCUUUUACACAACUGCAGCACUGAGAAGCUUGGCCUCCUUUGACGCACUGCGGCAACUACAUCAUCACAAGACAGACUUGACUUUACAUGCCACAUGUUAAUUUAAGGGUCACAACACUUGACAUGACAAGCAGGUCAUGACAUUUUACAUUACAUCACUUGAUGUGUCACAACACUUAAAAUGAUACUUGACGACGCUUGAGAUGACAAUUGAUGUCAGUUGACGUUACAUCACUUGACAGGUCACUUUGUGUCACUUGACACUUUUCAUGUUCAGUCUCUUAAAUGAAAUUUGACAUGACGCAGCCAUUUGACAUAACACUUUACAUGUUGUCUCUUGACAUGUCAUUGGACUUAAAACUUGGUUACAUGCUACAUCACUUGACAUGACCCUUGAAACGUCACUUGACAACACAUUACAUGACAUUUCACAUUACACUUUACAUGUUAAAUGACACCUUAUAAUACUUCACUUGACGUCACAACACUUUACAUGACACUUGACGACGCUUGACAUGACUGUGUGACACACUACAUGUUAUAUCACUUGACAUGUAACAAGUGACACAACUUUAUGUAACACUUGAUAUGCCACUUGACAUUACACUUUCCAUGUUACGUCACAUGUCACAUCAUAUGUAACACUGUCAGAUGGCAUGGCAGUUGUUAUUUGUGUGUCACUUGACAUGACACUUGAUGUGUCACAAGGUCAACACUUGAUGGCACUUGUACUACAUGUUAGGACACUUGACAUUUUCAUCAAUUGACAUAAACACUUGACAUGUCACUUGAUAUUUUACUUGUGCUCAUGAUGUGAUUUCUGACAUGCCACUUGACACGGUUUGGCACUUAAUGUGACAUCUGACUGCCUUCUGACAUAUUGCAUCACUUGACAUUACACUUCACAUCACGUCAAGUGUCACUUAACAUGAUUUUUCUAAUUUUCAGAAAGUUGCGAUUGAACAAACUUGUUGUGGUUUUAUUAAUUUUUGAGUUUGGUGUAAUUUUUUUCACGUUUGGCCAAACAGCUGCCAUUUUCUUUUCACACGUGCAGCAGGAUAGAAGCACAUUUUGCUUUAGCGCACUGCAGGAAUUCCAUGCUUUCCCCUAUGAGAGUCAUCCCUCAAUUCCAAUAAGACUUUUGUGUGUGUGGGCGCGUCUGUGCGUGCGUGUGUGUGUCAUGUGUCUGUUACCAGACAAAGAAAAGGUAAAUUCUGUAGUUGUCUGUGUUGCCGCGUUGACAUGACUUUCCUGUGGUGCUUUGAGCAUGUGUGUGUCCGUGUGUGUUGUGUUAAUGUUUGUUGCCCACCGCUGUGCUUGGAUGCUAUUCUUUCCCCCAUUUGAACUGAAGACUGACAAACUUUUUCUAAGUCUCUUCUUUAAUACUUCCUCCUCCCAGAAACACACACAGAAACGAUGUAGAAUACAAAAAGUGCCCCCGCCAAUGUUUAUUUAUUGAUUUGUAUAUACAGCUUUUUUUUGCAUUGUACAUUCCCUCCUCUCUUGGUUAUAGAUUAAUAUAUUAAUGUAUAUAUGAAUAAACAUACCGUUUGUAAAAGAA